CGGGCUUCCUUCCGGCUUGCUAAGUAGAGGCCGGAAGCAGUGGUUUUUAGCGGCUCUCUGGGUAGCAGGGUGGUGUGAUAGCGGCAGCGAGGGGCUCGCAGAGGUGCUCGGAUUCUCGUAGCUGUGCCGGGACUUAACCACCACCAUGUCGAGCAAAAGAACAAAGACCAAGACCAAGAAGCGCCCUCAGCGUGCAACAUCCAAUGUGUUUGCUAUGUUUGACCAGUCACAGAUUCAGGAGUUCAAAGAGGCCUUCAACAUGAUUGAUCAGAACAGAGAUGGUUUCAUCGACAAGGAAGAUUUGCAUGAUAUGCUUGCUUCAUUGGGGAAGAAUCCAACUGAUGAGUAUCUAGAUGCCAUGAUGAAUGAGGCUCCAGGCCCCAUCAAUUUCACCAUGUUCCUCACCAUGUUUGGUGAGAAGUUAAAUGGCACAGAUCCUGAAGAUGUCAUCAGAAACGCCUUUGCUUGCUUUGAUGAAGAAGCAACUGGCACCAUUCAGGAAGAUUACUUGAGAGAGCUGCUGACAACCAUGGGGGAUCGGUUUACAGAUGAGGAAGUGGAUGAGCUGUACAGAGAAGCACCUAUUGAUAAAAAGGGGAAUUUCAAUUACAUCGAGUUCACACGCAUCCUGAAACAUGGAGCCAAAGACAAAGAUGACUGAAAGAACUUCAAAUUCCAGCCAAACGUUCCUUGUUGCCACUUUGGGUAUUCUGAGAUUUUCUCUUGCAUGCCCUUAGCUUUACAGCUUUUGCAUUUCCUGUUGUAUUUAUUCUCAGCCAUUUUGGGCAUAUGUAUCUUUAUAAUCAGACUGGAAACGGGACUUUCUAUUAAUAUCAUUUUCAGAAUAGAAAAUAGGGUAAUUUAACCUACCAGCCCUUCUCCCCCAGUAACUGUGGUCUAUACAGAGUCAAUAUAUUUUUUCAGAGAAAGUUAUUCGCUCGAUUUUUUCUGAAUCAUAAUUAAACUUUAUGAUAAAAUA